CUAUUACUUCAUAACUUGAAAGCAUUCAUGGUCUUUCAACAAAUAAUGAAUACAUUUGCAAUUAAGAAAGAAAUACUGCUGUGAAAUAGAAAAGAACAGUCUACAAAAGAGACUCCCUUUAUGUCAUAAUGUCUAUAAAAUGGAUUUCAAUUCUUCUGCUAUUAGAGGUAGGUUGUUACUUUAGUUGUGGGACUUGUGGAAAGGUGCUGGUGUGGCCCACAGAAUACAGCCAUUGGAUUAACAUAAAGGUAAUCCUGGAAGAGCUUGUCCAAAGAGGUCAUGAAGUGAUUGUUCUGAAAUCUUCAGAUGCAGUUUUUGUUGGUUCCAACAAAUCAUCUACUAUAAAAUUUGAGAUUUUCCAAUCACCUCUGUCUAAGGAAAAUUAUGAGACUCUGAUCAAUAAACUUCUUACUACAUGGAUAUAUGAUAUGCCAAAAAAUUCAUUUUGGGCAUAUUUUUCAAAAAUGCAAGAUCUCCUUUGGGAAUAUUAUGAUUAUAUUGAACAGAAUUGCAAAACUGUAGUUUUCAACAAGAAAUUGAUGCAAAAACUACAAGACACAAGGUUCGAUCUUGUUUUUGCUGAUGCCAUUGGAAACUGUGGUGAGCUUCUGGCUGAAAUACUUAAAGUACCUUUAGUGUACACUCUCCGUUUUUCUCCUGGACUUGGACUUGAAAAGUAUAGUGGAGGACUUCCACUCCCACCGUCUUAUGUUCCUGUUGUUUUGUCAGAAUUAAAUGAUUCAAUGACAUUCAUGGAGAGAGUGAAAAAUAUGAUAUAUGUACUUUAUUUUGACUUUUGGUACCAGCUGAUAAAUGAGAAGAAGUGGAAUCAGUUUUAUAGUGAAGUGCUAGGAAAAACUUCUAAAGUAUAUGAACUAAUGAGAAAAGCUGAUAUAUGGCUCAUUAGAACAUAUUGGGAUUUUCAGUUUUCUCACCCAUUCUUGCCAAAUUUUGAAUUUGUGGGAGGACUCCAUUGCAAACCUGCCAAACCACUACCUAAGGAAAUGGAAGAAUUUGUACAGAGCUCUGGAGAAAAUGGCAUUGUGGUGUUCAGUCUGGGAUCAAUGAUUUCUAACAUGCCAGAAGAAAGAGCCAAUGUGAUUGCAUCAGCCCUUGCACAGAUUCCACAAAAGGUUCUCUGGCGGUUUGAUGGCAAGAAGCCUGACACUUUAGGCACCAAUACUCGCCUGUAUAAGUGGAUCCCCCAAAAUGAUCUUCUUGGUCAUCCCAAAACCAAGGCUUUUGUAACUCAUGGUGGGUCCAAUGGAAUCUAUGAGGCAAUUUACCAUGGGAUUCCUAUGGUGGGCAUUCCUCUGUUUGCUGAUCAACCUGAUAAUAUUGUCCACAUGAAGGCUAAAGGAGCAGCUAUCAAAGUAGAUUUUGAAACAAUGUCAAGCUCAGAUUUGCUCAAUGCGCUGAAGACAGUCAUCAAUGAUCCAUCAUAUAAGAAGAAUGCACUGAAAUUAAAAGCCAUUCAGCAUGACCAGCCAGUGAAACCUCUAGACAGGGCAGUCUUCUGGAUCGAGUUUGUCAUGAGCCACAAAGGAGCCAAACACCUGAGGCCCGCCUCCCAUGAGCUCAACCUGUUCCAGUACCACUCCUUGGAUGUGAUUGGGUUCCUGCUGGCCUGUGUGGCAGCUGCUCUGUGGGUCAUCACAAAAUGCUGCUUGUGUUUUUGCCAGAUGAUUUCUAAAGCUGGAAAGAGGGAAAAGAGAAAGGAGUAGUUGCAUCUGGGGUAGACAGGACUCUUCCAAAUUAUGAAAGAAAAUAGUGAAGUGAUCUGGAUCUAUUUCUCCUCUGACAAAAUUAUUUUUCACAAGUUUUUGAGUAAAAAAUUU